AUGACACCCGAGACGCCAGAUGCCGAACAGCCGCGCGCUUUGCCAUCUGAGGAAACACGCGCAUUGAGCGUACUGAAAGCUCCGUCGUCUUCGGUGGCCGGCCGCCCUCGCAAGAGACGGAGGGUUGCGCUAGCCUGCAGCAACUGCAGACGCAGGAAAGCACGUUGUGAUGGGGGCAGACCAAAGUGUUCUCCCUGCGAUGAACAGGGUUGUGAAUGUCUGUACGAGCAGGCGGGGACGACGACAAGCUUGACGGUCGGGAGAAGCUAUCUGUCACGGUUGGAGCAACGACUCGAAAACAUCGAGACCAGCUUGAUGCGGCUGCAGCAAUCCCCGAGUGCAACCCCGGCGGGCACUUAUCAUUCAGCACAGACUGCUGUGGCCUUCCAACCUCGGAUGCAAGUGUCGGCGGGAGCGGACGACGGUGCGUCUUCACAGAAAUCGCCCCAGCUCACAUGCUCGACCAACACGGACAUGGACGAAGUCGACACGUGCGAGGACGCGAUCGAUGGCAUGGGUGCCAUCAAAUUCACGCAUGAACAGCAUAGCGGCUACUUUGGGCCGUCGUCUAAUAUUGCUUUCCUCCGCCACAUUUCAGUGGCUUUGGCACAAGCGACGGGGCAGCGCCAGGUGACCGAGGCCCCUCUCAAUGCUUCAAAUACGACCACGGACUCGAUGCGUGCAAGCCGCCCGUCAGGCGACAAAAUUUGCAACACCUUCAAUCGGAUGGACGACAAGGUCAACAUCCACGCACUGCCUCCGGAAACGCGCAUUUGGAAACUCAUCAAUGAGUACUUUCAAAAGACGGGUCAGCUGCUGCCUAUCAUCCAUGAAGGAUCGUUUCGUGAGACCUACUUUGAGAUGAAGCGCACCAACUUCACAAUGGCCCGUAGAACGUGGCUGGGCUUGGUGAACAUCAUUCUCGCCCUGGGCUGCACCUUGAUCGUGGAUGGCUACGACACCGCGGAGGAGAGGAUUGCCGAAUCAGACGUCUACUUUCAAAGGGCCAAUGGGUUGUGUGAACGAGAGUCACGGAGAAGUAUCAGUCUGGAACUCGUGCAAUAUCUGCUGUUGGUGGGCCAGUAUCUUCAGGGAACGCAGAAAUCCGUCCAGGCGUGGACGGUGCAUGGCCUGGCGAUAUCGACGGCCUUUCAACUAGGCCUACAUUCUCCGAGGACUAAUCAAGGCUUUCCACCCGUAGAGGCCGAAAUUCGAAAACGGGUCUGGUUCGGCUGCAUUCUCCUAGACCGAACGUUGAGCAUGACUUUUGGUCGUCCGUGUAUUAUUCCUGAGAAAUAUGUCAAGCUUGAACUUCCGUCUGCUGACAUACAGAUCAUGGGUCAAACGCCCGACAGUGGCGCCGUCCAGCGUAUGGAUGCGAGGUACUUUCAAGCCACAAUCAAAUUGAGCAAUAUCUUGUAUGAAGUUAUUGACGCAUGCUAUGAGCAGAAUCUAGGUCUGGCAGAAACGCCUCCAGACGCCGAACUUCUUUCAAUGACGCUCAAAGGAGACCGGCGACUGGACGAGUGGAGGUCCCAGAUCAUCCCUGCCUUGGGCCUUCGGAUCAGGAGUACUCCCGUGGUUUCUCAGGACCUCGAGAAGAUCGAGGUAAAGGACAAAAUCGCCGAGAGAUUCAACGUGGUCCUCUCUCUUCGAUUUCACAACCUUCGUAUUCUCAAUCACCGCCAUAUACUGGAGACGUUCCUUGAUAGUGCCAAAGGUAUCAACGGCAUUGAAGCGAGUAUGAUGCAUCAAGUAUACGUCAGCAGCAUCGAAACAUGCCUCGACUCGUCCAUCAGUGUUAUUGCCAUUGUGCACAGCGUGGUGCUGUCUCAUGGCUGGCGCCGUGACCUGCUAGGAGCAUGGAACUAUUCUUUGUUUUACACAUUCAACGCCGGGCUAGUCUUGGUUGCAGCUUUGCUUGUUGCUCUCAAGGGAAGUGGCACGAAAAGGGAGCAAAAGUUGCCCACCUGGAAAUCUCUGGAUAAUGCCAUGAUGUACCUCGACAUGGCCAUCGAAGCUUUGCAGAACCUGGACCGUGGGAACCGGGUCGUGCAACGCAUCGUCGAUUAUUUAUCCCAUUUGGCAGUGGCAUGCUCAAACUUACUUGCCAAUAACCUCGGCACGACGUACACUUUUACAAAUAUCAAUCAAUACGACCCCUUCGCAACAACGGGUAACAAUCUCCGACCCCAGCAAGCCCGAACAGGAGCCUCAUACCAAGCGCUUGGCGAGCAGCCGGAGGCGUUCCCGAUGGAGAGUGUUCUCAGCGAAUUCAUGCCGAAUGUAGAUUUGGAUUCUCUCUUCGCCCAAUUUGAUCCCGAUGGCUUGGAUACAAAUGCAUUCUUAUAA